GGUGUCACGCCGUCCAAACAAAGACCUUUCCAUCUAUCUGCCACCCCACGCGCAAUCAAUAACCUCAUCUACAAUAUGUUUCUAUAUAUGUAUAUAUUUUUAUAAUAUAUAUUAUUCUUCUGCUUCUUUUCUGUACAACAUUCUCUGAUCUCUCUCUCUCUUGAUACCAUGCUCUUGCAAAUACAUAUAUAUAACUCUCCUACCUCUCUUUAAACAAACAUUCGCCUUCUCCUUACUUCAACACAUCUCCCUCUCUCUUUCUCUCUCUCUCGAUCUUAAUUCCCUUAAUCUUAUUUUCAGUGCGCCUGUAGCUUGCAAACUCAAGAAGAUGUCAUUAACCCAAAUUCCUGAGAGAUCAUCAUCAAUUGACAUGGAAUCAUGUGUGCCUCCAGGAUUUAGAUUUCAUCCCACAGAAGACGAGCUUGUGGGGUAUUACCUCAAGAGGAAGAUAAACUCGCUAAAAAUCGAUCUAGAUGUUAUUGUUGAGAUUGAUCUCUACAAAAUGGAACCAUGGGACAUACAAGAUAGGUGCAAGCUAGGAUAUGAGCAGCAGAAUGAGUGGUACUUUUUCAGCCAUAAAGACAAGAAGUAUCCAACAGGGACAAGAACUAACAGGGCAACUGCUGCUGGAUUCUGGAAAGCAACGGGAAGAGACAAGGCUGUUAUGUCCAAAAAUAGAAUCAUAGGAAUGAGGAAGACCUUGGUGUUCUACAAAGGACGUGCUCCUAAUGGAAGGAAAACAGACUGGAUUAUGCAUGAAUAUAGGCAUCAAACUUCUGAACAUGGCCCUCCACAGGAAGAAGGAUGGGUUGUGUGCCGAGCAUUUCGAAAGCCUAGUCCAAGUCACAGGCCAGGCUUUGACCACCCAUGGUGCAGUACUAGUAGUCAACAACAACACUUUUUCAGAGACCAAAUUCAAAGCUAUUCAUCAAGACCCUUAUCAAUUGCUGACAUUUUGGAUGAAACAAAUAAUGUGCCUCACCCUAAUGCUGAAGGUACAAGUUUUAGUCACCCCUUCAGCUCGGAUCAUCAGCAACACCUGAAUAAUCUUCUAUCAAACCAAACUGUGGCUAUUAUGGACAAACAACUCAUUGAGCUUCCACAGCUAGAUAGUCCCACUGCAAGUUUGGCAAUCAAAGAAUGUAACCAACAACAACAUAAUGGCUUAACAAAUGAGGAAUAUUGCAGUGAUGAAAGGAGUAACAAUAGCAAUGCACAAGGGAUCGAUUGGAAGAGCUUGGACAACUUGUUUGGGUCUCAAUUGAGUGAUAAUGCAGCUUAUUUUUCACAUCCAAACUUGCCCUUGAUGAUGCCCCAUAACCAUGAUCAAGCUAGUCAUAUCCUUGGAUGCUUCCCUGAUUCUUCAUAAUUAACUUGUGUGUCACGUACCAACCAUAAUCCAUAGCCAAAUUAAUAAAUAAAGUCUCUAAGUAAGAUAUGAUGGAUAUAUAAUAUUCAUUAUAUCAUAGUUUUCCAUUUAUCUUACCAUAAGCUAAUUUAGAAGUUGUUGCUGGGAGAUUGAAUAUUACCAAAAAGCUUUUUAGGUGAUGAUGAUAUUAUAUAUAUUUUUACGUGAUAAAGGAGAUUUGCUUGAAGAGUGAAUCUCUGAUCCUUUGUAUUAGAGUUCAGAAGAUCAUAAGCCUUUUCUUUUUUUCUUUUAUGGGUAUAAGCAUAACUUUUUACUGUC